AGGGAGCUGGCGCUACAGUGCAGCGCAGGGUACAGACAGACAGACAGUUAACACAGGUCAGGGCACCUUGCGCGCACGACUGCUGUAUGUACGCGUAAUGGCGCGUUUGUGCCCUCUCACUUUAUCUUCAAGCGUCUCCCAGAAACGCAGUUAAAGGAUUUGUUUGGACUGCGCGUCAGAGGGUCGCACAACAACAUCAGAACACCUGAGAUCUGAUGCUACCUGCCAUCACCAUGGAAACAGAGGCCAGUCACAUGCUCGAGGCGGCACUGGAGCAGAUGGACGACAUCAUUGCAGGUUCAAAAGCAGCAGCGAUGGAGUUCUCUAACAGCAUGUAUGACCUGGGUUCCCCCGUCAGUGCUGGACCGCUGCAGGUCCUUCAGUUAGCUGAGGACCUCAAACUUUCCUUGGAGCUUCGACCCAGCCAGGAGGAGCGAAACAGCCUCCGAGCACAGCUGCCUGCAGAGACCGCACAGGCUCUUGUAGACUGGCUGCAGAGUGGAGCUGUGAACCUCUGUUCUCCAGCCAACAAUGAAACUUACCAAGAACGACUGCUUCGCCUAGAGGGAGACAAGGAGUCUCUGGUGCUACAGGUGAGCGUUCUGACCGACCAGGUGGAGGCCCAGGGAGAGAAGAUCAGAGACCUAGAAAGUUCUUUGGAGGAACACCGCCAGAAACUGGCCUCCACUGAAGAAAUGCUCCAACAGGAGCUGAUGAGCAGGACCUCGCUAGAAACUCAGAAGCUGGAUCUGAUGGAUGAGGUGUCCUUUCUCAAACUGAAGCUGGUCAGCAUGGAGGAGACGCAAACCAACUCACACCCUCAGGAUUCGACAGACACAAAGCAGAACAAAGCUGAGUGUGUGGUAAAUCUCAUCAGUGAGCUCCAGGAGCAGAUGUGCAGGUUUCAGGAGGAGAUCAGCACUCGCAUUCAGGAGAAACGGGCCCUGGAGGAGAAGGAGGCCCAGCAGGGGGAGCCAAGAGACGGCCAAGCCCAGGGCUACAGCCCUCAAGUUGGGUUGGUCGGCUUGGACCUGAGCCUGUCUGGCUCUGAUGCUCGGCAGCACAAUGGAGGAAAGACUGUUCACGAUUUGCAACAAGAAGUUAAGCAGCUGAAGAGCAAAGUGGAUGAGUUGGAGGGAGAGAAGAGCCAAUAUGAGAGGAAAUUAAGAGCCACCAAGGCAGAAAUCUCAGAGCUGCAGCAGCUCCUGGCCUCCAAAGAUGCUGAGAUCGUGUGCCUACAGACCCAGCUGCUGGCCAGAGGCGGCAGCGCCAAUGACAACGCAGAGAGAGAGGAGGUGUAUAUCAAGCAUCUGAUUAACAAAUACCAGGAAUACCAGAGGUUAAAGGUGGGGAUGGAGUCUUUGUUGGCUUCAAAUGACGAGAAGGAUCGGCGUAUAGAGGAGCUUACCAUUCUGCUCAGCCAAUACAGAAAGAUGAGGGAGGUCAUGGCACUCACGCAGGGAAGCAGUGAAGAGGAGCUGAGCGGCAGUUUAAAGCUCAAAGCCAUCACUCACAAAGCACACUCUGACAUCCUCAGAUCAGAGCUGUCAUCAAGAGGAUCGUCACCGCUUAUGUUGUCCUCAUCGCCGUAUCAGAGGGAUUUGGAUUUCAGUUUCCAGAACUCUGUGGAGACAUCGCUGGUGUCCGCUGCUGACCCAAGUUUGUUUAAUGGGUCUUGGCAUCGACGCCGGUUGAUGUCCAGCAGUCUUGAAGAGUUGCAGAGUGGAUCUUUACAAAAGGCUGUAGAGAUCCAGCCACUUGAAAGUGAAUCAGAUGUAGGGGCCGAGAAUCCCCACAUGGAGCUGAACAAGUACCAAACUCUGCCGGGGAAACUGAGUAAAAAGAACGAGCCGCGGGCCGAGCUGAACGGCGACGGAGACGGAGAGUAUUUAUCUCCCGUCCAGCUCUCGCCUGUCCACAGCCACAGCCAGGACUACAGUCUGAUUCGCUGCAGGAGUGCCAGUGCUCCGGUUUUAGGAUCUCCUGGAAAACAUGACCUCUAUGAUGUUGAGCAUUCAGAGAAGCUGGAGGAGUGCUUUCCAUCAGACCAGUCCCCGCUGUCCUCUGGAGUGGACUCUGGACAGCAGUCUCCUGUCUCACCAGAGAACAGGAAGGGUCACAGAGGAAUUAGGAAACUCUGGGGGAAGAUCCGUCGCAGUCAGUCGGGUAGUCCUGUCCAAGUUCAUGACCCAGAGCUAGGAGACUUCAAGAGGGGAGGAUUCAGAGCUACAGCUGGACCUCGAUUGGCCCGUCCAGGGAAAACACGAGAUCUGAAGACGCCAUUUUCUAAGUGGAACACAGAGCAGGUGUGUGACUGGAUUGAAGACAUUGGACUAGGUCAGUACAGCAUCCUCGCUCGCCAGUGGGUCACUAGCGGUCAGACUCUGCUAUCAGCCACGCCACAAGACCUAGAGAAGGAGAUGGCCAUGAAGAAUCCACUCCACAGGAAGAAGCUUCAGUUGUCCAUCAAAGCGAUCAGUAGCAAACAGCCUGAAAAAUCUGCAGAGCUCGAUUACCUCUGGGUUACCCGUUGGCUUGAUGAUAUUGGCCUUCCUCAGUACAAAGACCAGUUUAAUGAAGGAAGAGUGGAUGGGCAGAUGCUGCAGUAUCUCACUGUGAACGACUUAUUAUUCCUUAAAGUGACCAGCCAGCUGCACCACCUCAGCAUCAAGUGUGCCAUUCAUGUUCUCCAUGUCAACAAAUUCAAUCCCAACUGCCUCAAACGCAGGCCCGGCAAUGAGAGCCAGUUCACUCCCAGUGAGGUUGUCCAGUGGUCUAACCACCGAGUCAUGGAGUGGUUGAGAUCUGUGGACCUUGCAGAGUAUGCCCCAAACCUGAGGGGCAGCGGCGUGCAUGGAGGGCUGGUAAUGCUGGAGCCUCGGUUUAAUUCUGAUAGCCUGGCCAUGCUGCUGAACAUCCCUCCUCAGAAAACUCUGCUGAGGCGCCACUUAACCACCAACUUCAACAACCUAGUAGGAGCACAGGCUCAGCAGGAGAAGAGGGAGUACACUGAGGCGACAGGAUACUCCCCACUCAGCAUCACCGCUAAAGUCAAGCCGAAGAAGUUGGGCUUCUCUAACUUGACUCACCUCAGGAGGAGACGGCCGGAUGAAUCUACAGACUAUGUCUGCCCCAUCGAGUCCUCCUCGCCUCAGUCGGGACAGUCUGCAGUGAACGGGGUGCAGAUGCGGCCCUACACUGGCUUCAGAGGCCUGAGCCCCAUCCUAGACCGAGAGCCCGACCGCUCCAGGGACCAGAUGGCGACCACAGAGGGUACCAUUUUGCAAAUAGAAGCUCUUUCUGAAAGCAUCAACAACCUCACAUAUCUGCUCAGCCGAGAUGAGCUGCGGAAGGAGAUGAGGCGUUCACAGACGGCGCUAGUUUGAAGGACGAUGACCCUAAGUUGUAGGCUGUCAAUCAACCACAAAGACCUGUAGCGACCUGUCUCACAGCUGAAUUGUACCUCAGCCCUCAAGCUAACACUGCAGCGUGGAGCUCCUUGUAUUUACUUCUACUAGCCCCUGAUACCUCAAGUUAACUCCUGCACAGAGGACUGGGAAACACAAACUGACCUACACAUUUUGACAACAAUCAAAGGUCUUAUUUUUAUUUUCUAAUGUGCUGAAUUGAACAGUUAUUUAUACACUUUUUUUUUGUUACUGCUUUCCUUAAUUCCCUAUGCAAUGUAGCUUUUAAUGAGCAUACUGACCACUGUGUACUGUAAAUACUGUGCUGGUAUUUCAUUGGGGAGGACUGUGCAAAGCAGUGAACAUGCAGUUUAGAAUGGACAAACUGGACAUUCCAUCAAAAAUGGUGUUGAAGCCAUUUUUAAGAGCAGAGCAGCCAAAGAAGAAGAAGGAGCUGGUUCCUCAACAUUGUCAUUCUAUUGUUCUGCAGAGAAAUAUGCUACAUAUCAUAUGUUGAAAUAAAGAAGUUACAAGAACUACCAAUGCUUCCUAAAUGACUGUAUGGAACAAACAAUUGUUGAAACUCCUCUUUUGCCUCAAAGUAGUACUGGCCAUGAUAGAGCACUACCCCUCCCUGAGCUUGGUCCUGCUGGAGGUCUCUUCCUGUUAAAAGGAAGUUCUUUUUCCCCACCUUCAUUCAGAGCUUGCUCUAAGUGAGUUGUGUGUUGUCUGAUCGUGGGGUUAAGCUAAAUACCUGAAGACCCAUACUUUUGUGAACAGGAGCUAUAUAAUUAAAAUUUAAUGAAAAUGAACAAGCUGCAUUAUUUCAAUCAUGAAACAUAACUUUUUUAAUUUACUACAAUAUAAAUUAGAUGGACAAAAUAUUAAAUUAUUGUUGUUUGACUCCAUUAAUCCUGAACAUUUGGAUACUACAUCCAGCUUUGCAGUUUGGCUAAAGAGGACACCCAUCAUGAAUUUAAUUUCAUUCCCUAACUCAAGGGAAUAAGUUUACGGGUAGAGAUCAAAGAUUGUGCACAGGAAAGAGAAGUCUGGUUGCUUGUAAAAGAAUUUAAUCCCACAGUGUUUUCAGCAUACUAAAAGUGGCCAAAACCUGGACUUUGCUCUGAAACAUCAUAUAAAUUUAUGUUUCUGUGGCUUUAAUUUCUAUGGCUAUUCAGCUAUUUUAACAUGAUCACAAAACUAACACCAGGAUUUACUAUGGUUCAUUUAACCCUCUCCAGCUGUGAUGUGAACACUUUACUAAAUUUACUUUUACAAGUAACUUUUUAAAGCACAUCCAAAUAUAUGGUAGAAGUCUGGAACAGUAGGACAGUAGUUUGUGAUAUUCGGUUGACAAAAAUCAAAGAAAAAUGAUAAGACUGGGUCCUCUAAACAGUUUUGUAGGAUUACAGUUCACUGUAGUCCUACAUUAACCUCUACUGGUCAAAUCUGGGAUUUCUCCACCUGUGAAACUUUUAUCAUUUCCUAAACUGACCUUGAGAGCCUCCACACUAUAAGUUGCUGUCCCAGCCUACCUGUCCUCAUUGCUGCUUCUUUCUAAAAGCAGACAGUUACACAUUUUGUUUACCCGCCAACCCCUUCAGGCUCACCCCAGUCCUCAAGCUGCUGCACCAAGCUAACUGGUAAGAUGAGUCUUUUGUUGACUUACCUAAAAUUUGACAAGAUGCAAACACCACACCCUUGCUGCCACUGUCAGUGGAAACUCUGCUUCAGCAGAAAAUUCUCAGUAUUCUGCUGGAAGUUCUCUACACAUCAGGACACAAACAACCAUAAAACACUCACAUAGACUCUGUG